AUGCCUCUUUUGAUAUCUGGACAGGCAAGUACGGGCCUCAACCCUUACGAUCCGCGCAACAUUGAUACUCUUCAUCGGUUCCUCUCCAUUUACGAGGAGCAGGCCGAACGCCUGGACGACACUCUUUUGGAUGGUCAAGACGAACUUGGGCGGGUACGCGCACGAAUCGCAAGUCUCCAGCAUGAGUUGCAAGAUCUUGAAGUCAAGCAGGAUGAACACAUGGCCAGGUAA